CAGGGGCUGGAAGUUUCCUUAGCCUUUACGAGAAGACACUGGGAGACGCCGAGGUCGCAGGGUGACCUCCCUACUGCUGGGAGGGCAGGGACGGCCGCCCGGCCCGGGCCUGGGGCACAGGGAGGCGGCACCUGCUCCCCUAGGGCGAGGGGUCAGGGCGGCCCUGCGCUUGGUCAGGACAAGUCAGCGCAGAUGGCCGUGGACACCGGGGUUUCAGCACCGGCCACCCCCCAUCUGUCAGGAGUCGCGGCUGCUGCCACAGGGCCGCGGGGGCCGCAGGGACAUGUGCCCCGGCCUGCCAAGGAAGACAGGCCUGCCGGGAGCCGGGGCCACAGGGCAGGACCCUAUAGAGCCCAACAGAGAAGAGGCGGGCCUGAGGCUGCGAGCGAGCGCAUCCGGGUUCUGCCAAGGCCCCGGGUUCUUUGUUUAGACAGGGUGAGGCCAAGUGUGCUGGAGCCUCCCCUUCUCCGAGCCUCCCCCUUCUCGCACGACCUGGUCCAGCUCAGAAGCCCUGCUGCCUUCCCGGGUGGGCCUAUGUGGAGGAGGAGAGCCUUCAGGCUCUAGGCUCUAGGCCAGCCCCGGCCAGGCAGCAGAGGCUAAGGCCGCCAGGAGUGAGGCCGAAGACUCCAGAGGAGCAGAGUAUUAAGGAAAAGGCUCCAGAGCAGCCGAGGGUGAAGGAGGAGGCUCCAGAGCAGCACAGCAUGAAGAAGGCUCCAGAGCAGCACAGGACGACCGCCUUGGUGUUGACUGUUGUGACCAUAGUGGUCACAGUGGUGGUGGCAGUGGUGUUGGCGAAGAGGACGGUGAUAGCGGAUGUGGGGAUGGCCCAGGAGGGGUUUGUGAUGGUGGCAAAGGCGGUGGCGCACAAGUUGGUGGAGGCUUUGGUGGACAGUAUGGCAGCUACCAAGGAAGAGAGGAUGACGGCUGCUGAUGCAGAAAGGACGAUGACAGUAGGGAAAUCGUGGGUGACAGGGGUUAUGGAGAUGUGCCUGGAGAUGGUGAUGCAGAAGACAAUCAAAAGGUUGGUGCAGAAAGUGACAGCAGUGCUGGGGGAGAUGAUAGUGGAGCAGAUAACUGUGGCAUCGGCAGUGCUGCCGGUGGUGGCAGCGGUGGUGGCCAUGGCACUAAGGUUCGUCAAGGAACCCGUCCAAGAAGAAGCCAUCAUGAUGGUGCUCUGCUCCAUCGCUGAGGAGAGGAAGAAGAGAGCUAAUGAGAAGGGCGCAAGUUUUUGGGCUUUCUUUGUAGGUCUGUUCAGAGCCCAAUCCAAAGAAACUGUUGGUAAUAAGAGCCUGGUGCAAAACUCGGAAGACUCCAGAGAGGACCGAUGGAAAGGCGAGGCUUACCCCAGCAUGCAGGCCUACCCCAGCCCCCUCCCCAGGGGCAGCCACUGUGCCCCGGUCUUGGGUAUUCCCUUACUCCCCUUGAAAUGGUCUUUGGAAACCAUUCAUUUCCUUGCGUUUGUGUUUAUUGAUGAAAGCUUAGAAAAAUCCAGAAAAGAAUCAGGAGACCACUAUCAGUGUUACCACCCAGAAAAUCAUCCUUAAAGGAAUGUGUUAAACAUUCCUCCAGCUUCAGCACACCUUCUAAUACCACGUGUCGGCAUCUCCAACAUACUCACAUUCUUCCCGUUCAGACUUCUUUGAACAUUGUUACCAAUUAACACUAACAUAUGUGACGUCGUCCUUUAAAAUGUUUUGUAAAUAUGCGUCAUGGCUGUGGAGCAUCCCGGCACUGAGCCGGGUCCCCGGUGUGGUUUUCCCUGCUGCAGCGAACAUUUUGUGUUAACCUCCUUCCUUCACAUCUUGGACUCGCACAGACACGUUCCCCAGAGUAAGACUGCCGGAGCCAAAAGUCUGCGGUGUUUCUGAAGGUCUUAUGUUCAAUCAAAGUUCUUUCAAGACAGGGAGUGUCCAUAAGGUGCCCUCCCCGCCAUCAGGGUCUGGGGUACACAUCUCACUGCAUCUGCACCAAGACACAGGAGGAUGGUGCAUCAAAAUUCCUCAUUAGAUGGGUGAUUAUGGACAUCCUGGUGGGAUUCGGUUUUCUUUGCUAGUGGGGGUGACAAGGCCGGGGUGGCCUCCUGCUGGCCCUCUCCCCAGGUGGUGUUGACGCACGCCCCCCAGGCCCAGUGGCUGACUCCCAGCAGGGGGUGAGGGGGUCCCAGCCUGAGCAGAGGGCUGGCUGUGGGCUGGCCCCUACGCUGGCAGGGUGGUGGCCAGGUGGGCAGUGACAACGGGGUGGCCGGAAACAGCAGGGGGCUGCCAGCAGGGCAAAGAGGCAGCCGAGGAGGAGCCUUGGUGGUGGGGGGGGACCCGGUAAUUAUAGAAAGAAACCAUCUGUUCAGGCCAGUUAUUAACCUGCUUUGGGUGUGGACAUGACAGCGCAGAGCAAGGCUCUUCAGAGGCAGAUAGUUGUAUUUUUAGCUGGAAUGAACGGUCUUAUUUUUCCAUCUUCUGAGAUGUCUGGGUUGGACGGUCCUCUCCCCAUUACCUAUUGAGAGGAACCAUCCAGUGGGCAAGGCGGCGCAUCCUCUCUCUUCCCUCCCGCCUCCCUGGGUCACCUGCCAGGCCAGGAGGUGGCUCCUCAAGGAUGCCCUGUUAGGACUUCCCCUGGGCAGGGGGCUGGGGUCUUCCUGAGGUUUGAAUAAGCCACGAACACAGCGUCACCAUAUGUCCUGCAACGUGUCUGCAGAGAAACCAGAACGAGUCUCGAUCCCAAACAAUCAACAUAUGGCAGUGAAGAUCCGCCAGGACUGGCCUAAACCACCCCGGGAAGGGGGCUGUGGGGAGGUAAAUGGCUUUACUGGCCAGAGGAGGCUUCUCGGAAGACUUGCUAACAGCGGGUCAGGAGGCGAAGCUGGGGCCCAGCCGCCUGACUCGCAGCUUCAGGGCAGCUGUGGGGACCCCAGAUGCUGGCAGGCACAGGGAGCCGCAAGGGGUUUCUCUCCAGUACUGACGUGGUGGCUGUUUCUUUCAUUCGUGUGCGUCUCAGGGACGGCCUUUCCCCGUUCUCCUUUGCAACGAAGCAAAAGCCUGAACAAUUAAUGAGUGAACGUCCAUACAAAUGACCAAACCCGCCUUUCUUUUUCUCUUCUGGUCCGAGGUGCUUGGGGAGCCGUGGGCUUUGGUGCAGACGUGGCCAACCCCAAGAACCAUACCACGCACAAGCAGUCAUGAAAAUGGCACAGAAAUGGCAUCAAGAAACCCCAGUCACGGGGGAUCCCUGGGUGGCUCAGCGGUUUAGCGCCGCCUUCAGCCCAGGGCGUGAUCCUGAAGUUCUGAGAUUGAGUCCCGCCUCGGGCUCCCGGCAUGGAGCCUGCUUCUCCCUCUGCCUGUGUCUGUGCCUCUCUCUCUGUCUUUCGUGAGUAAAUAAAUAAAAUCAUUAAAAAAAAAAAAAAAAAAAAAAGAAUGGAAAGAAACCUCAAUCACAAAGAUACGAAUCUCUUAAGGGAGUAGACCCCAAGUUCCUGAGGAACAUGC